UUCAUUCAUCAUUCUUCCACAUUCAUAUUUUGAUCUCCACAAACUUCCUUUUCUCUAAUCACAUUUUCUUCUCCUAGUUUGAGUCACUUCUACAACCCAAGAAGUGAAACCACAAUAUCAUCAUGUUUCAGUGGCUUACAAAUUUACUAUGUGCUUGCACAACCAACACAAGCAAAAACACCGUCGACAUUAAUGAAUUUGAUGAAGAUCCUUUAGGGUGGUCGCGGGACCUGCUAGAACAUCGAUUGGGCGAAUUCUCCAUGGCUGCGGUUAAGGCAAAUGAUGUUAUGGAGGACCACAGCCAGUUUGAUGUUGGCAAGAAAGCACUCUUUGUUGGAAUUUAUGAUGGCCAAAAUGGUGCUGAGGCUUCCAACUUCUUGAUUACUAAUCUCUUUGAGAAUCUAAUGAGGAUUAUUCAGGAGAAUAUUCUGAGGCAAGUUGUUGAUGAAAUGGAGGAAUUGUUUAUGACUGAUGUUGAAGAGGGUAAUCAACAGCAGCCAGAGCUAGCUCUAGUAGGUUCAAGUUGUCUGUUUUGUAUCGUAUGGAGAGGGAGGCUAUAUAUCGCUAACGUUGGAGACUCUCGUGCUGUAAUUGGUUCUUUGGAUCCAUUUGAUAGACUCAAUGUUCGGCAGUUGGUCGAAGAUCACAAUGCUCGUAACAGGCAUAUUAAAAAAGAACUCAAGAAGUUGCAUCCAAAAGAUCCGACUAUUGUGACGUAUAAUUUUGACGCAUGGCGUGUUGGAGGCAUAAGUGAAGUAAGCAGAUGUAUAGGAAAUGCAUAUUUGAAGCGGGCACUGUUCACUUUAACCUCAUCCUUUGCUAUCAGCAGAACCUGCAAUAUCUUCAAGAGUCUUAAAUGACGUUGAUAAAUUCAUUAUAUUUGGAUCUGGUGGACUUUGGAAAUUGUUGUCAAAUUGGCAAGCAGCUGAAAUUGUUCACACCAAUCCACGAGAUGGAAUCACGAACAGGAUUUUGAUGACUGCUAUACAGAUUGCAGCUAGAAGAAAUAAUAUGAGCUAUAGUGAGCUUUCGAAGAUUCCUACGGGACACGGUGUUAUUAGGGGUCCUAGUGUUUCUGUUGAAGGGACUAGGCGGGCUUAUCAUGAUGAUAUCUCUGUGAUUGUUGUAUUCUUCGACAAAAAACUGGAACUGAAUCCGACUUUGAUGCCAGUGGUGACCUCGGUGCCAGGAAUCAAUAUGUUCAGAGGCUUCGAUGACACGAUUCAUCCAUCACCUUUUAGAUAUCUUGAUGAUGUCUCUGAAGCACAUCAAUACCUUGAGACGAUUGUCUGACACGAUUCAUCCAUCACCUUUUAGAUAUCUGAAUGUUGUCUUUGAAGUACAUAAAUAGAGUUGGUUCAUUCACUCAGUUUUAAGACAAGGAAUAUUAUGUCUAGAACUGUAUAUAGGAGAUAAACUUGGGUGACUCUGCCUAGUUUUAAAAAAAACUAGUUCAAAUUGUAACAUUGCACAUCGUUUAACAUCACUCAAUUGUCUUUCAUAAUUACAUACAUUCUACAUAAACAGAUUUUAUAUUUUUACA